AUGAAAGUUAUUUCGAAUAUCUAUGUCUUUUUGUUAAUCUGCGUAAUAUCUGUCCUUGCUAAAGGUGGUGGAGGCGGUCGAGGAGGAGGAGGAGGAGGAGGAGGCGGCCGAGGGGCAGGAGGAGGAAGCGGAAGUGGUGGAAGCAGAGGUGGUUCAUCUGGAGGAAGUACAGGAAGAACAGGAAGCAGCACUGGCAGCACUCCCCCUUCCGUCUCAUCUAAAGGAGGUUCUGGUGGUUUUGGUGGUCCACCUCCUCCCUAUUAUGCCAACACUAGAACAUCAUACAGAAAUUAUGCUCCCGUUUAUUCUGGAGGUUAUUCUCCAGUGAAUCGCUAUGGAUACUACGGAUUUUUCAAUCCUGCACUCGUCUACUUUACUAUUAUGCCACCAUUUCUAUUUUUAGGGUAUCAUACAGCCUACCAUAGAUAUAAUCAGAACAAUGGGUACUAUUAUGCUCCUCAGCUUACGGAAUCCGGAAGUAAUACGCAAAAUGUAUUCAUAAAUGGAACUGCCAACUCUGGAAAAGACGAAAAUUAUCAUUACACCUUUCACAUCAGCACGGAUAAUGAAUAUCCAAUGGCUGACCAUGCCUUUUUCUCUACGUCCGAUCUGAAUGCGAUCAAUGCUGACUUUGUCUAUAGGCUGCAAUUUACACAUUUGAUCGAAUUUGAGGAUGCAAAUCAGAAUGGUUUUUACGACUCAAAUGAGCAGAUUUUUUCUUUAACGUCGCUUCAGCGCUUGAAUUGGCAGCCUUUCCAAGUGUCGAAUAUCACAGUUCCUGGAAACUCCACGCAAACCUAUCUCCAAACAAGUACUUCAGCUACAGUAAACUACAACAAUACAGCUUCUAAUACAGAUAGUAGUAAUAAACAACCCUUCACUGUUCGAAUAACAUAUAGAGCUAGUAACCUACAACUGAAUAAUACAGCACCCAUUGUAAUGCAACCAAAUUCACUGCAGUACGAUUUUGCUAUUGAGGGUUAUCCUACUGCCGUUGCUCUUUCCCGUCCUAAUUAUAAGUUAGCCGUCGGUCAAGUAUUAUCAGUACUGAACGAUACACCCGUCAAUUUUGACAUAAAUAUGACAAACACCCCAAUUGAAGUAGCUAAUCAAAUCAAGACCAACAAUACGUAUGGUAUUUCGCUUGGAGAUUACACACAGGGACGAUUGGAGUAUCAACCUACCGUUAACAUUUCUAACGUGGCUGAUGGCUUGACAAUUCAUUGGGCCACGCCAACUACCAUCACGGCCGACUUUUUAGCUCAGCAAUCCAAUAACACGAAUAAUGGCAUUUGGAUCAACAAUGUGUCGAGGAAGAAUAAUUUGCUUUUGAUAAGCUUGCCAAGUUCUGGUUCGGUUACUUCUAAUACUAACAAUAACCAAAGUUGGAAUAUGACAUAUUCAGGCUUUGCAUUUUUGGAUACGGAUGUUAUGAACGCCCUAGCUAAUAACGCUGGAACAUCGAUCUCAAAAAGCUCACAAUCGAACAUAGUUAUUCACGUUCUUCUUUCUUUGAUUGCCGCCGUUUAUUUGAUGUUAGCAUAA